CACUCACUGGAUGCUACACACAUGCUGCUCUCUGUGUCAAGGAGUGUGUUUCUCUGUCGAUCUGUCGGGAUACCGCAGUUUAUCUGUCAUGCGAGGUUUUUAACGAACAGAAGCAGGUCUAAAUCAGCUCGGCCUGCAUUAAAACCAACGAAGAAAGAACCUAAAGUGCCUGUAGGACGGAAAUCGGCUCUAGAUGCAUUGAGAGAGAUUGAAAUUGCACAAAAACCAACCCCAAAACAACUUUUUGAUUACUUUUUGGUUCUAGAUUUCGAAGCAACGUGUGAUGAUGGUUCUAUUGUUGACGAAAAAGUUGAAGUUCAGGAAAUAAUAGAAUUUCCCGUUGUUAAAAUAAAUUCAAAUACCUGGAAAACAGAAGCAUUGUUUUAUCAUUAUGUUCGCCCACAGGUUCAUCCAACAUUGUCAGCUUUUUGCACAAAGCUUACAGGUAUUCUGCAACCAAUGGUAGAAAAUCAACCAGAUAUCAAAGAAGUACUAAAAAAGUUCGACACAUGGAUGCUUAAAGAAGGGCUACUAGAUGAUGGUGUAAAAUUUGCAUUUGUUACAUAUGGCGAUUGGGAUUUAGGGAAAUUACUUCCUCGAAACUGUGCAUACUUUAACAUCCCAGUGCCAGCUUAUUUUAAGGAAUGGAUAAAUAUUAAAAGGCCUGUAAGUGAUGUGACAGGGAUAUAUCCUCGAAGUUUUUUCCAUGCCCUUCAAGUUAUGAAUGUAGAACACAUUGGUCGUCAUCAUAGUGGCUUAGAUGAUGUAAAGAAUACUGCUAAUCUCUUGAGGGCUGUGGCAGAGAAGGAUUAUGUUUUUCAAAUUACACAAUGGACAGCUGUGAACUGAAUUCUAGAUAUAAAGACUUUUUAAGGAAACAAUUCAUUCUUUUUUGUCUUAAAAGGAUUACUGCACUGAUAUUUGAAAAGGUGGAGUGACAGUGUGGAGCAGAAGUUGAAUCCAACUGUUUAAUAUUAUAUUGGUUUGUCCUUGGGACAGCCUACAUGACAUCAUUUCUAAUAGCCUGGUUUAUUACAGGAUUUUAUUUCAUGCCCACUUAUCGUAAUAAAAAAAUUUAAGGCUUA